AUGGCGCAACAGAUCAGCCGUGACAGCUUUGCAAAGCACGCAAGCAGCGUCAUGGUUCUUACUUUCGAGUUGGGCGUGGACAGUCAUGGGGCUCAGGAGAAGGUUCUGGAGGCGAUCGAUGCCGCAGACUGCAGCGUCCUGGAUAUCUACAUCUACUUGCCGGCCUUCUGUAGAUCAUCCAUUGUUCCUGGGCCUUCCAAGAGAGCCCAGCGGCUCCUGAAGGCCGCUCGGGCCUCAGGUCUGCUCGAAGGUCUCGUGCAAGAUGCCCUGGAGGUCCCCGUGCUGCGCCUGUUACCGCCGAAACUGCUGGACGGUGCCGAGCUCCAAACCCCUGCCAACAUACAAAGCUUCGGAUUUCGGACGGUAAACCUCGAGGGCAAGGUUUUCGUCGUGGAGUCGGUCGUCCAAGACGGCUGGGCACAGAUCUUUGGGAUGCGUGAGGCUGACAAGAUCUUGUGGAUCAAUGGGCUGCCUACUUCAGCCUUGAGCUGGGGUGAGGUUCUUCAUUGGAAUUGCAGUGGGCCUUUGACAAUGUUCAUUGCGCGCAGCGCCGGAGGCAGUUCGAGGAUGGAGGAGUCCUGCGUGCUUCUUUUCCAAGCCGCCUGGCGCGUGCAGCGAAAAGGGCUGGGACGCCGUAGCCUGGCUCUGCUGGACCCUCCGGCGCCCCUUGGAUUGGAUCCCGAGUCGUGGGGGGAGCGAGCGGGAGCAGCUGUGGGAGACAAGCUGCGGGCCAUUGACCAAUUCAGAACAGACGGCCUCACGGAUGCUAAAUUCGCACAGCUGCUUUUGGAGCGACCUAUUCGCCUGACUUUUGACUACUGGGCGGGCUUGUGGGACCAGACGCGGUUUACAGUGUUGGCUGGGAAAGCAGAUGAGCAGCUGGGCUUUCGGCUAGCAAACAUGCCUCCAGCCCCAUAUCUUGCGGUGGAAAAGGUAGACGACUGCUCUUGGGCUGCCCGCAUGGGAGUGCAGAGCGGUGAUAAGCUCUUGGCUGUAUAUCGCCGGCGAACAGGAGAGAUUUCUGCAGAGCAGCUGGUGAACAUGUUCAAGGGUUUUCGUCCACUGCGUUUGACCUUCAGCCGCCUCGAGCGCUUCACUGUCACUGUCCUGCAGCAAGAAAGAAGUAUGGGUGUGCAGACUAACUCUGUUCCCCCAGCAGCUUUUCUGGAGAUCCGGAAGGUGGAGCCGGGUUCCUGGGGCGAGUCUGCUGGCAUUUUUGUUGGGGAUGCGCUGGUGGCAUUGAAUGGGCAGUGCCUGGACAACAUGGCCAGAAGGGAGUUCAUCAGACUGAUGAAGGAAGAGCGGCCCUUGUCCCUCACCAUCGAUCGGAAUCAUGGAGCGAAUUCAGUUGUCCAGUUUGACCGGUACACCCUCACGGCAAGUCUGGAGCUUGGCAAUUUUCAAGUUUGA